AUGGGCUGGUUCGACGGCUGGUUUGGUUCCGGCAACGGCGGCUCCGAUCCGCUGGGGCGGCUAGACCCCAAGCUGCGCGAGUUCCUCGAAAAGGAGUCGCCCGUCAAGUACAGCAACAGCAACAACAACAACCCCUCCUCCCACCCCCAGCAGCAAGCUCAACCACCACCAUCAUCCGACCAAAAACCCACCACCACCUCCCCCGCCGGCACCCCCCCACCCCCUCCCGAAUCCCUCUACCCCGACGGCCGCUACGCCCAUCUCUGGAAGACCUACCGCCCCCUCAGCGCCGUGGAAGCCGAGACCAAAUCGGACAACGAGAAGCUCUCGGACGUGCUGGAGGCCUUCAAGGAGCGCAAGGGCCUGAUCGGGCGGGCGGCGCUGGAGAACUGCGCCGAGGAGCAGGUCGACUGGACCGAGUGCAUGAAGUCGGGCAGCUGGACGGCGCGCAUGACCAUGUGCCGCGACGAGGUGCAGAAGUUCGAGCGCUGCUACAACGCCCAGAGCCGCCUGCUCAAGGCCCUGGGCUACCUGAGUGUCCACGGCCGUAAUCCCCAGGUCGAUGAGGAUAUCCAGAUGCGCGCCGAUGAGCUGUAUCAUCGGAUGCUGGCGCAUGAGCGCGAGGUGGAGAAGGCGAAGGAGGAGGGCCGCGAGGCGCCCGUUCUUAAGACGCUGUUUGAGGAUGCGCCGGCGCCUGCGGCUCGGGCGGACGCUGCUGACAAGGGGGUUGAUGUGCCCGAGCCGAGCGCGGCGGUUGUGGCGUCGUGGAAGACUGCGCUGGAGAAGCUACCGCCUGAGGAGCGUGAGGCCGAGGAGAAGGCGCUCAGGGCGGAACACAGGGCGAAGGCGGAAAUGGCGGCGAAGGUGCAGGGUCUGUGGCAGGAACAGGCCAAGGAGAGGGAAAAGCGCAAGGCAGAGGGGAAGGAGACCUUCAUGGACAGGUUUUCUGCCCUGGCUGGGUCUUGGUCGGGCCCGAAGUCAGCAUGA